UGAAGAGGCUUCAGCCAAUGGGAGUUGGCGUGUCAUGCGGCCGUCGGGGCGGCAGGCUCUGCUCGGAGCGUAGAGUUAGUGGCGACCGUGCUGUCGGUGCGGCCAUGGCUGGAGUGUGUCGGGGCGCGAUGCUCGGCUUGGCGAUGCUGGCGAUCGGCGUAUCCCGCGCUCUCGGUCUGAAAUGUUACUGCACGCACUGUGUGUCAACUAACUUCACCUGUGAGACAGAUGGGCUCUGUAUGACUACUGUCACUCGCAAGGAAGACCGGAUAGUACAUGGCAAGAUAUGUGUUUCAAAUGCUGAACUGAUACCUCCAGACAGACCGUUUCUCUGUGCAGCAUCGAGAAAUGACGCUGUAUCAAAUCGUUGCUGUAAUACUGAUUUGUGUAACCGUUAUGAUUUACCUGUGCCAACAAGAGUGACCGAUGCUCCGCCUCCGUGGUUAAAUUUGGGCCCUGUGGAAUUGGCGGCAAUCAUCGCUGGACCAGUGUGUGUAGUUUGCAUCUUACUGAUGGUGACCUUCUACUUCUUUCACAAUCGCACGGUGGUACAUCAUCGUGUCCCCCAUGAAGAAGACCCGUCGUUGGAUCAUCCGUUCAUCUCCGAGGGCACCACUCUCAAGGAUUUAAUUUACGAUAUGACUACUUCAGGGUCUGGUUCAGGGUUGCCUUUACUUGUGCAAAGGACAAUUGCAAGAACAAUUGUACUACAAGAAAGUAUAGGUAAAGGUCGAUUUGGAGAAGUCUGGCGAGGAAAAUGGCGAGGUGAAGAAGUUGCAGUUAAAAUCUUCUCUUCUCGUGAAGAAAGGUCUUGGUUUCGUGAGGCAGAAAUUUAUCAGACGGUGAUGUUGCGCCACGAAAAUAUUCUUGGGUUCAUCGCAGCAGAUAACAAAGAUAAUGGGACCUGGACGCAGCUGUGGCUGGUAUCAGAUUAUCAUGAGCAUGGUUCCCUUUUUGACUACUUGAACAGGUACACUGUUACUGUGGAAGGAAUGAUUAAACUGGCACUUUCUACAGCCAGUGGACUUGCACACUUGCAUAUGGAAAUUGUUGGUACACAAGGAAAACCUGCCAUUGCACACAGAGACCUUAAAUCAAAAAACAUUCUAGUAAAGAAGAAUGGAACUUGCUGCAUUGCAGAUUUAGGGUUGGCAGUAAGGCAUGACUCAGCCACAGAUACGAUUGAUAUUGCUCCAAAUCACAGAGUGGGAACAAAAAGAUACAUGGCUCCAGAGGUUCUCGAUGAUUCCAUAAACAUGAAACAUUUUGAGUCGUUUAAAAGAGCAGAUAUCUAUGCCAUGGGCUUAGUAUUUUGGGAAAUAGCACGAAGAUGUUCAGUUGGUGGUAUUCAUGAGGACUAUCAGCUACCUUACUAUGACCUAGUACCUUCAGACCCUUCGAUUGAGGAAAUGAGGAAAGUGGUGUGUGAGCAGAAACUAAGGCCAAACAUUCCUAACCGAUGGCAAAGUUGUGAGGCUCUCCGCGUAAUGGCCAAAAUCAUGCGCGAGUGUUGGUACGCCAAUGGAGCAGCCAGAUUAACUGCUCUUCGGAUCAAGAAAACGCUGUCUCAGCUCAGCCAGCAGGAAGGCAUAAAAAUGUAGUCACAGGCAGUCCGGAGAUCAAGUUGACAGGAUGCUAACUGCAAUUGGAUUGCAGUUCUGUUGGAAGGGAUUCUUGUUCUACCUCAUCGAGGGAGCAGAAGAUGGAUCACUCUGUCUGCACCGCAUUUUCUAAGUCACAUAGGAAAUUCCCACCAUACAAAGCUCUCUAAUGGACGUGCUGGGUGCAGGCUGAGCUCCACUCUGUGCACUGAACGCCACCUUCCCAGGACAUUGACAUAUUAUGUAGCGUAGGGUUUUUUAAUUAACAUUUAACUUGACGACAAAGUUUUAUUAUUGGUCUUAAUAGUAGAAAAGCUGGAACACUUCGGCCUUUACCAAUACUGCCCCAAAAAUUUUGGAGAGACUGGUAAUGGGGCUAGUCCCGCAAAGGAAUGAAAUUUCUGUGCAAGAUACAGUAUUACACACAAAAAAGUACUCUAAGGGUUGAGUACUAGUUUCACUGCUUAGAAAUUCAACAUAGUGAUUAUAAUGUUGAUGCCUUGCAAUCUAUCAUCACCUUGUUUGCUAAAGCUUUGAGUCAAGAAUUCUACACCACAUUUGGUUUGAAAAGCUACUUCACCAUGUUGAAAUGGCCUGUAUUUUUCUUCUGGGAACAAAAUUGAAAGCUGUUGCUAUUUGCGGAGAUGAGGCUGUUAGUAUAUUGUGAGUUAUUGAAGUAGAUACACAAAUUCAAGCCUAUGAAUGGUAGCCACACCUUCUAUUUUAAAGAAAAACACUAUCGUAAUCACGGAUAAUUUCUAAGUUUAGAGAUAAUUAGAUGAGGGGCUUCAAUUGGCAGGUUUUAUUUGAUAAGUUCAACUUCGUUUUAACUGGACAUUUUUGCACUUACAUCUUUGGAGUUCUUGUUUUUAAACUUACGAAUGUCGAUUCCUAAUUGCGUGCUCUAGAUGCAUACCCCUCUCUUCAUGAACGCCAGAAAUGGAAUGUGCACCUCUGUUGCUCAUAGGUUUGUGGUGGAGCAGCUACUUAAAAUAGCAAGGAACGUACUUACACUUCUGAAACUUGGUCCCCUGAUAAUGGAGGCUUUCCUUUUUUUCUUGGGGUGGGCGGGGGUGUUAGGUUGUGGUGGGGAGGAGAAAGUAUUAGAUGGGGAUGGGUUGGGGUUCCACUAGUAGUCAAAGGUUGCUUAGUUUUUGCUAAGAAAUGGUUAUUUUGCCAUUUUAGACUUUUAAAAUAGAAAUGCCUCUCAACCAAAUAAAAUUCUAAUGCAUUUUCUCACUAAAUAAUAGCAGUCAAACGAUUGAUUGUUAUUGUACAUGGGAUAGUAUGUAGAUUUAUCUUGACAAAUAUUUGCCUAUUUUUCUCUCUUUGCAUUAUAACACUAAUGACCCAACCAAGUCUUAUUCAAUGCAUUAAAUGUUUGCAAUUUAUCAUGCCAUCUUUUUGAAGUGAAAACAUUUUACUUUCUUAUCAGUGCCAUUAAAAUCACAUUAGCUUUAAUGAAUUUAGAAUUGUAACUAUAGUUACUUAAAUGAACUUUCUAUCUGGAGUAUACCAGAUCUUGGAUUUUGAAAAGGCAAUGUUUUGCAGGAACAAGUUAGCAAAGCAGUUCAAAAUCUGAAUUAAAUCAAUUUCUUCCUGCAAAUUAUUUUCCCCUAUGAUUUCCAUGCUGCUCAGUUUCUAUCCGAGCAAUGUUUCUGUAUUUUUUAACCCCAGAAUGAAUUUUAUUUGUGUUUGGGGGGAGGUGAGUUGAGGACAAAGGGGAAGAUUUUUUUUGUGCUUGAAUACUUCCACUGUGGCUUUAUUAGAUGAUUCUGUUAAUUUCUGAGGCCAUGUUUCUGCGGCACAUUAUGAAAUUGCAGUAGGUGUUUCUUAAGGGUAUCUUUCCUGCCCUAUUACCUUCUACAACAUUUGCAACUUGGAAUCUGCCUCUUUAUUUGCACAAAAGAAAGCCAUCACAGGCCUUAUUAGGUUGCACGAUAAGUUCUCAAACUGUGUGUAAAUCCAAGGUUAUCUGCCUGCCUACUGUUUAUUUCUCUUGGAGCACUUAGUCUGCUAACAGCUUUUUGAGGGAAAAAACAGCCCCAAAACAAAAUCCCACCCCCUCACAACUUUAAGAUGCACUUCUUACACUGCAUUUAUUGAUUACUGAGUGCUUUAUCAAGCCUGUGAAGAUAGCUUCAAAGGUUCAACAUCCUAAUUAAACCCAAGGAUGAAGUGACUUUAGCAACUUGUAUUUAUUACAGCACUACUGUGCAGUAUUGUUCCUUGAAUUUGGCAACUACGCAACUAACCAAAUAUUACCUGGUUGCAUUAAAAUUACCUCCA